CCGGUUGCGGACGAAGCUGCGACCGUGGCGUGCGCUGCAAACUUGGCAGUAGCGGUAGGGAACUAUGCCAAGGUCACGGUGUCUCCAGUUUCCAUGCAUGAAGUGCAGAUCUGGCCGGGAGUGUCAGAUCGGCUGAUGGCUGAACGUGUAAAGCCAGCAGUGUUUGAUCUCGUAAUUGCCGGAGGCGUCUUUGCCUACCUGGCAGCUUUUUAUCAUAUUGUUAGUCGAGCUCAACGAGUACUCGAAGGUGCUAUGCUCAGAUUGCGAAAACGAGUGUAG